GGCAUUCGGCAGUGAGAAUUGAAGCGAAAUGCAGGCAUACAUACUGUUGGGGCCCACCACAAUGGACGGCAGGGGAAGCUCCGGCUCCAACAGGAGCUUCCUCUCCGACAACAACCGGAACCACUUCAUCCAUCGCAGCCUUCGCCGUCGACCACAUCCCACUUUCACAGCAUCAGCCACCGCCCCCAACAGCCGCCACCACCACCACCACCAGAACCACUAUGACGUGCUGGGCGUCCCCCCGGAUGCUUCCCCCUCCGAUGUCAGAAAAGCUUACCGCCUUCUUGCUCUCAAGAAAGCUCGGCAGCGGAUAUAUGAGGGCGAGCUGCUAAUUGUGUUGGGUAAGCACCAUCCUGAUGUUAGCAAGGAUUCAGGAGCUGAUGAGACUUUCAAGAGCAUCCGGCAUGCUUAUGAUAUAUUAUCCAACGAAACAACAAGAAAUCAGUAUGAUCGAGCCCUUCGGUAUCAGAAGGAUAGUCGCAGGCCAUUGGGGAGUAGCUGGGAUUACAACCCCGAAUAUGAAGAUGAGUUAAGGAUCUAUAGAUGGGCUUACGUUAAGCGGAAAAUGCGACAGGAGAAAUAUUGGCAACACAAUCAAUCAAAAGAGAAGAGGCAUUCAUUCUAUGACGAAGCAGAAGAAGUUACUGAGGAUGAAGAGAGAGGCUCCUUUGUUGAGGUGCUUAAAUCAGCUUUCCUGUCAUUGUUUCUAAUGCAAACUGUUGGUGUACAGUUGUCUCUCACUUUUAGUGCCCUCAUGGCUUUCCUUGACCAAAAGCUGGAUGCUGGAUACAAGAUUGGUUAUCUGGUUGCUUGGAUGCUGGGAGGAAGGGGAGGUGUUAUGCUUAUAUUGUGCCUUUCUUUCGCAAGUUGGGUUUGUGGCAAAACUAGUAGCAGCCUGGUUGCUUUAACAAUUGUGGCCAUGUGGUUCGGUUCCAAUCUUGCAAGGUUUGCUCCACUUCCGCAAGGUGCUCUUCUUACACUCUUGUACAUGUCAAUCAAGCUACAAGUUGAUUUAAAGUAAAGCAGCUCCUUCUGUAACAAGUUCCUCUUCUUUUCUGCUUGUACAUAUGUCCCUUAAAAGAGAAGCCAGCCUUGGAUGAAUUUUAAAUUAUUAAUGUCUUCAUUUAGGUGCUGAAAAUUAGAUGUAAAUCUCCGAAUCUUUUCCAACUAAUAUAAAUUGUUUA